UUAGUCUGUGACUGUUUUUGCUCCCGAUGGUUGCAGCAUGUCGAGGCGCAAGCAAGCCAAGCCGCAGCACCUCCACUCCGACCCCGAGCAGCCCGGCUCCGGCCAGCCCGGCUCCGGCCAGCCCGGCUCCGCGCACGGCGGAAUUCCUCGAGAUGACCCAGCGGACGAGGCUGGAAACGCCAUAAAGAGGUUCAGGAUGGACGAAACCAGAAUCUGCAACAAGUGCUGCGCCGAAUACUUUGAUGAAGCAGAGUUUCUGGAGCAUGAAAAAAACUGCACUAAAAGUCAGCAAGUGGUCAUCAUGAAAGAGGGAGAUGGCAACGAAGUGCCAGAAGAAUAUUCCCAGGGUUCUCCCGACGAGGGCCUGAACAGCGACCAGGACGACGGCCAGUCCAGCGAUCACUCCAACACGGAGAGGACAGAGAGGACGGAGGAGGAGGAGUCCGGUCUGAACGCGGAGGAUUUCAGACACCGGGAUCACAGUCCUGACAUCGCUUUCCACCCUUCGCCCAAAAUGCAAGAUUCAAAUGUGACUCCUGAAAGCGUACGUGAAGCUAAAGUGUCCGUCUCCCAUCGUUCUUUGGUGUCCUCCCUGUCGUCGCCGCAGGAGGCGCUGCAGGCCAUCCCGGCCAUCCUGGAACAGCUGGUGUGUCUGCAGCAGCAGCAGCUGCAGCAGAUCCAGCUCACAGAACAGAUCAGGAUUCAGGUGGCCAUGAUGACCACGCAGGGUCUGCAGUCGUCGGUGGGGGCGGCCAUGGACCCCCUGAAAGCCCUGGGUGCUCAUCUCUCCCAACAGCUCUCUGCUGCAGCGGCUCUCAUAGGAAAGAGGACUGGUAGUCAGAGUCUUUCCAUGGAGACGAUAAAGCAAGGUAAACUCCCUCUGCCCGCCGGCGUCCCCACGUCUCUGACCGCAGGACUGGGAUCGGCCGCUUCUAAAUCUGUUCCAGAUCUGGCCGGCCGUUUGCCGUCACUCCUCCCCCAAUCCCCGGGUGUCCUGGGGUUCCCCGGCACCUUCAACGGAAUCCAGGCCGGGAUAGAGUCGUCCAAAAAACUCAAGGCCAAGAUGCUGAGCCUCGGCUCGGAAUCAAAGAGCGUGGAGUCGUUGUACAAGCACAAGUGUAAAUACUGCGGGAAGACCUUCGGGAACGACAGCGCCCUGCAGAUCCACCUGCGCUCUCACACCGGGGAGAGGCCCUUCAAGUGCAACAUCUGCGGCAACCGCUUCACCACCAAAGGAAACCUCAAGGUGCAUUUCCAGAGGCACAGAGACAAGUAUCCAAACAUCGGCAUGAAUCCUCAUCCCGUACCCGAGCACCUGGACAACAUUCCCACCAGCAGCGGCAUUCCCUUCGGCAUGUCUAUCCCCAUGGAGGAGUCUAAUCUGACUGAAAUGAAGCCUAUCCUAACUCACCCACCUCCCGGGUUCAACACGUCCUCCAUGCCGGGGUUCAAAACCUCUUUUGACGGCUUUGGGGCCGACCCCUUCUCCCAUCGUCCGUCUCCGUCGACGGGCGACGGCUCCCCGUCCGUGUCCUCCGCCAUCGGCCAAGAGACGGGCCCGGAGAGUCAGAAGGAUGCCAAGGAGCUGCUGGGAGUGCUGCAUCACAUGAACGGCGGCGGUGGUCCUCUACCGGGCGAUCAGACCUCCGGAACGGCAAAGCUUCAGCAGAUGGUGGACGGCCUGGAGAAGAGAACCAACGACCCCAACGAGUGUGUGAUCUGCCACCGGGUGCUGAGCUGCCAGAGCUCGCUCAAGAUGCAUUACCGCACGCACACGGGCGAACGGCCCUACAAGUGCAAGAUCUGCGGCCGUGCGUUCUCCACCAAAGGCAACCUGAAGGCCCACUACGGCGUGCACAGAGCUAACACGCCCCUUAAGAUGCAGCACUCGUGCCCCAUCUGCCAGAAGAAGUUCACCAACGCCGUGGUUCUGCAGCAGCACAUCCGCAUGCACAUGGGGGGGCAGAUCCCCAACACCCCCAUGCCGGAAACCCAGUUUGAAGCGGCAGAAACCAUGGCGUCCUCGCCGCCGCACGAGAUGUCUCUGGAUUCCAACGGUUUUGAGGCGAGCAUGGACGACCACGAGCCGGAGCUGAGCUCUCACAAGCUGAACGAUGCGUCCAAUUCCCUCCCACUCCCGCUCCCGCUCCCGCCCCCGCCGGCCUCCGAGGAGCCGCUAAAGAACACGCCCCCCGGGGGGUUCUCAAGCCUGGACGUUCUGAAGAACCUCACCUCCGCUCUGGCUCUGAAGCGGCAGAGCAGCACGGCGUCAGACAGCGAGGGGACGGCUAAGGAAUCCCCGCCGGCUCAGGGAGAGCAGGAGUAUCAGAACGGCCGCAGUCCUCCCGUCUCUGACUCGGCCGUGUCGUUUCAUUCGUCUUCUCCGGUAAACACCGGUACCAGGUCGCCUCAGUCGGCUGGUGAUGAAGUCUGCCGUAACGGAACCAAACAGGAACCGUUUGACGGCACGCAGGACGUUAGUGAGUCCGGGGGAGCCCUGGACCUCACGGCCGCCAGCAGCUUCACCCCCAGAGUGAUUAAAGAAGAACCAGGCAUGCCCUUCACAAACGGAGACUAUGUUAUUGGAAACCUGCCUUUUCUGAAGAUCUCCUCCAGUCUGGGUAGUCUGGACAUGAAGAUUCCUGCAGAGAAUCCCCUGGGUCCUCCCGGGCUGUUCAGCUCCCACCUGCCCCAGGGGACGGCCCUGUCCUCGUCCCUGUCCUCGUCCCUGUCCUCGUCCCUGUCCUCGUCCCUGUCCUCUGCACCGCGCCGCUCCACCAAGCAGCACGUGUGCACGGCCUGUGGGAAGAACUUCUCGUCGGCCAGCGCGCUGCAGAUCCACGAGCGCACGCACACGGGGGAGAAGCCGUUCGCCUGCAACAUCUGUGGCCGGGCCUUCACCACCAAAGGAAACCUCAAGGUGCACAUCGGUACUCACAUGUGGAACAACUCGUCGCGGCGCGGCCAGCGUCUGUCCCUGGACAACCCCAUGGCGCUGAUGGCCAUGAGCUCCGAGGCCAAGCUGCUGCCGGAGAUGAUCCCGGCGCCCAAGGAGCUGCAGGGCGCGCCGCAGAUGAACUUUGACCCGUCUCUGUGGAACCAGUACGCCGCCGCGGCCGCCUUCAGCGGCGGCCUGACUAUGAAGACCAACGAGAUCUCGGUGAUCCAGGGGGGCGGGAUCCCCCUGCCCGGGAGCCCCGCCGGGGGGCCCCUGAUCGGCUCCACCGGGGGCCACGCCGGGGGGCCCCUGAUGGGCUCCACCGGGGGCCUGGUGAAGACGGACGGAGCUCACCACAGCCUGCCCGGCACCAUGGCGGAGAUAGAGAAGAGCGGCUCUGAAAGCGUGCCAAAGUCCCAGUUCCCGCAUUUCAUGGAGGAGGGUAAAAUUGCAGUUAAUUAAUUUUUUAAAAAUAUAUAUUUAAAAACAUCAGAAAAUCAUCUCCCUCUGUGAAUGUUUAUUUCCAAUGAGGUACAAUCAAUUUUUUCAAAGAACCGUGUAGAAUUUCACUUUGCAUUUCCCCAGUAACUCCACUGAAACUCCCCU